AUGGAAGUGUACAAGAAAGCGCCCUGGGAAUUGAUGGUCCGCUCCAGCUACCUUCCCAUGGGUGUGUCCUACUGCUUCGUCCGCGUGCCCCGCUGCAAAGCCAGGGACAAUAGGCUGAAGUGGAAGACGCGCGGUGGAAGGUGGGUCGCCAACGGCAAGCCCCGCCACAUACCCCAUCAAGAUAGGAGGGCGGCGAUCGCCGGGACUCGGAGGAGUCUCAAAUUCUUCAAGGACAACGGUGAUCCGAGAAAGAAGAACAAGGACAGCAGCCUCGGUCUGCAGUGGAUAAUGCACGAGUACCGCCUCCACCCCAGCUUGUACGAGACGAUCCCCUCCUACGAGACCGAGGAGAUAAUCCUGUGCCGAAUCCAGCACAAGGGGAGGGGAGCCGCAGACGAGAGCGACGGCGACAGCCUCCCAGCCAAGGCCCCAUCUGUGGCAGAUGCCCAAGAAACGCCGGAGCCAUGGAUGGCGGGACCUUCCACUCAGAGCAUGGCAAUUGACGUCCCCGGGUGUUGUUGGGUUCAAUGUGGGACCCGGAGCUAUAUUUUGUUAAAAUAA